AUGGAACUUCAAGCAACAAGGUCAAGGACAAAGGCUGUGAUGGUUUCACAUGAACUUGGGAGUCAGAAUAAGCAUGAAAGGCAGACGAGUUGUUCUACUAGUUUCAGGGAGAGAUUCCUGGAUUCUUUAAAUGCAGGGAAUGAAGGAUUUAAGAAAAGUGAAUACAUCACUCAGGCCAUUGAGAAGGCUUUGGUAGGACGUCAUCAACCUGAGGAAGAAGAGAACCCUCAAGUUUUGUUCUACAAGAAUUUGUGGCUUGAGGCUGAAGCAGCUCUUUGUUCCAUGAAGUAUAAAGCUUGUGUUUUGGGUAUGAAAACUGAGAUGGAAAAGAUAAAGAUGGCAAUGAGAUAA